GCAGCACUGCUCGAUAUACAGAUGGUUGCGCUGUACUCAGACUUCAUUCUGAGCUGAUCUCCUGAAGGAGUGUAACUGGUUGUCUGUUAUGUACACGAACAAAAGAAACUUUCAGGAGCGGAAUCACGCUUUUUCACUCUGGACUUUCACUCUCUGCUCAGCUUUCGUCCUCAGCGCACCAACUGAUGGUCAGCGCCAGGUGGUUGGUCCAGCUCAGCCAAUCAUAGCUGCUCUUGGUGAUGAUGUCAUCCUACCAUGCCACCUGAAGCCCAUUGCUGACGUGCAGGAUAAGACAGUAGUUUGGUCCAAACCGGACCUUAAACCCGACCCCUUGAAUCCUCAGAGAGGGGUCGACUAUGUGCACCUGUACAGGAACAGGAUGGAACUCCCUGACAUGCAGAUCCCGUCAUAUAAUGGCAGGACGGCGCUGUUCGUAAAUGAACUGAAGCACGGGAACAUAUCGCUCAAAAUCACAAAUGUGACGCUUGAAGACCACGGCAGGUACAGAUGCUUCAUCCCCAAGUUGAACGGCCGAGUGAGCGAAGCGAUACUUCAGCUCAUUGUUGUUCCAAACACUGUUAAAACCUCAACGACAGAGCUGCCGCUGAAUCCUGGAAACUUCCAGACUCCAGAUCCGCUGGACAAGACUCAGCCUAACGGCGAUUAUUCCACUCUGUAUGUUGUGAUCCCGCUUGUGGUCAUCUUAGUCGUCACCUUAGUAGCCGUCUGUGCAUAUUUCUUAGAGAGAAGGUCUCAAAAACACAAUCUUCCAGACACAGAUGCCCCCCAGAAACAACCACUUAGAGUCUAGGUGCCUUGCUCAGGAGUUGUUGGUGUGAAUGGAGACAAGUUUAUCGGGGAUUUAACUCUUAACAAUCUUACUGGUUAAACUGAGGAUUUUCACCAGCAGCCACAAGGAGACACAGCGACAUCUUCAUGAAAACGAAACCCCUACGAAAGAAGCUGAAGCUCCUGGAUGUGGCUGCUGGAGGAAUCUGGUCCAGUUGGGGAACUUUCAGUUCGACUCUUGUUUCACUGAUGGAGUUUAUUUCUCAACAUCCUGCAAUGACAUCUUCUUACAGACUUUUAACCAGUAGAAGGAACUGGAGCUGUCUUUAAGACUUUUUUUCUGCGGAUGGAAACCCACAGAACUUACUUUGAGUCCUGCUUUGGUCAACUGAAAUCAUCAGCCCUGCUGGUUUUGCUUUUUGCACUUUUCUGGAUGUUCGAUGAUCCUGCACAGAUGUGAACAUUUCAUUCACAUCUUCAGGACAACUAUAUCCAAAAAUUCCCGAAAUAGGAACCUGUAAGCUUGGAAACAGCAACAAAACAUGAUCUGCUUCAAGAUCUACAUCAACAAUGUGGGACUUUUUCCAUUUAUUGGCUGCUGAGUAGCUGUUUGUGAGCAUGUUUGACAAGCUCAGGCUGUUUAAUGUUAUUUUAAAUUUUUUUUCAGAUAAACUCAACUUUAUUUAUAUAUAACCUAUUACAAUUCAAUUUGUCUCAAGACACUUUACAGAGCCCAUAUGCCUGAACCCCCAGAGCAGCCCUAAGGCGACCUCCCUUUUAGCGGGAAGAAACCUUGAGCAGAAAUCUGCUCUUUAUAUGGGGGGACACAUCUGCCGCUGGCCGGCCAGGUUGGUCAAAAUGGAAUGUUUUAAGCCUGGUCUUAAAAAUAGAGAGGGUGUCUUCCUCUCGAACCCAAAGUGGCAGCUGGUUCCUCAGGAGAGGCGCCUGAUAACUGAACUCUCUGCCUCCCAUUCUACUUUUAGAAAUUCUGGGAACUGUUUUUUUUUUUUUUUUUUUUUAACUUCAUAAAGAAACUGUGCAAGAAUAUGGGACCCGACACACUGUGAUCAGAAGCAGUCAAAUGUUUACCAGAUGAGGUUUUAUGCAGCCUUUAACUGAAUGUAAAUGAUGUGUUUGCAGAAGAGGUUUUUUGAUCACGUUACCUGUUUUAGAUCAGCAGUUUUUUUUACACAUUCAAGACAUUUCUCAGGUUUUUAUGCUUUUGAUUUGAAAGUAGCUUGAUGUUAUGUUCAAUGCAAAGUUCCAGUUUCUGUAAUUCUGACUGGAUGAUGAAUGAGGAUGCUGUAAUUUAAAUCUCCUAAGUGGUCCUCGGCAGUACAACCAAGGAGAAAAUCUUUCCUUCAUGACAGCGUCUUUAUUAUUUCUGUUACUGAUGAUGAGAAACUUUAAGUCACUCCACCCUUGAUUUAUUUCUAGUCUUACGCAGCAGCUGAACAUGAAGUGACCAGAACACACCCUGUGGCGUUUCAGAUAAAGAAUGUAAGUCUGGCACAUUCAUUUCCAGAGCUAAACUGCUUUUAAACCACAAAAUGUGAAAAAAAAAAUGUCAGAUCUCCUGAGCAUCAACAGCUUUUUAGUGAGGCACCUACAGUUUAUUAUAUUUAUUACACUGCAUUUAUUUAUUGAUGUCAAGUACCUUAUAACUCCAUAUUAAUUCAUAUAUUGAUAUUGGCACUGUUUUUUAUUUUAAAAAGUGUUCCAAUAAAAAAUUUCCGAUUUGUUUGUGAACUACUUCUACCUCUUUACAGUCUGAUCUAUAGUUGCAGUGAAUAAAAGUUUCAAUUGCACUAAA